AUGGCGGGUCAAGAUGACGAUCCAAAUUUAAAAGGUUUAAGCCGAUAUUUUAAUAGUCAAACGAAUAGAGGUCGUGCUAACUUUCAUAUUUUACCUACAGAAUGGCUGGUGGAGAUUCCGCAGAUGAAUCCCAACUUAAGGGACUUGCCAGAUAUUUUAACAGCCAGACAAAUAGAGGCAGAGCUAAUACGGCGAAGGCAACCUAUGCAUUCUUUGGUGUUG